AUGACGACGACGGCGGCCUUCUCCCCCCUCAGCAACCGCGACGCAGCUCCGGCCGCCGGGCUCCUUCGCUCGCGGCCCUCUCGGCUCCGCUUUCCCCUCCCUUCGCCGCCUCUCGCGAUAGCCGGGAAAGCCGGCGCCCUGCCCGCCCGCCUCAGGCCGCCUCCUCGCCUCGGCCCGCCGCCGCCGCCUCCUUCUGCCGCGGCUGGCUCCUGGCGGCGCCUCCCCGCCCUGAUGUUACUGUACACACACCCGCCCCCUCCGGUGUGCAGCCUCCGAGGAACCUGCGUGUUUAUACAUGGCAGGCGCCGGAUUCCUGCUCCGGGUUUUCGCUGCAGCAGCAGCAAGAGGAACUAAAGCGAGGGGGCUGCUGUUUCUUUUGUGUACAGGGGAUCCCUUAAGAAACCGCACAAAGCGGAAAUGUGAUCUUUCGUGGCGUGCAAGCUGCAGCGAGGAAG